AUGAUCGGCUCAAUAGUUGCGCGUCGCUCCCUCCUCUCAGCGACUGGUCUGGGACCAUGCCUUCGCAUGUCGGUCUCGGUACCUCGCUUCCUCCCCACCCAGGUCCCCGCUUCACGCCGGCUGGCAUCGUCUCAGACAACGAGCGUUACUGCUGCAGAGAGCGUGGCGAUCUUGAACGCUCAGCGGGAGAAACGACCCAAUUCACCUCAUUUCACGAUCUACCAACCCCAAAUCACAUGGCUCGCUUCGAUUGCUAACCGAGUGACCGGCUCAGCACUCUCAGUCGCCCUCUACGCCGGCUCCAUCACCUACCUCCUCCACCCCUACUUCCCCGCUGUCGAAUCCGCCAACCUCGUUCAGAUGGUGCACGACCUCCCUGUCUGGGUCAAGGGAUCGGCAAAGCUCCUGUUUGCCGUUCCGUUCACCUUCCACACCUUCAACGGGAUUAGGCAUCUCGCUUGGGACGUCGGAUACGGUCUCUCGCUCAAGGGCGUCUAUGUCGGCGGCUACGGUGUGCUCGCUUUGACCGCUGUGUCUAGCAUUUACCUCGCUUUCUUCGUUUAA